UAAAAAAUAUAGAUAUGUCAACUACGAAAGCUAAUGAAAAACUUCCUCGUAAUUAUGAGAUUGCACCAGGCGUUCUACGCUUCUCAAAGGCUAGAAUGUUCCACAAACGUGGACUUUGGGAAAAGCUUAAAAAGCCAUUUCAGAAGCAAGAAAAAAAAGUUGAAACACAAGAGAAAUAUAUAGUUAAGAAGAUUGGAGGAGAUAAAAAUGGAGGAGAAAGGAAGAUCCUCGUCCAAAAGCCUAUUCUUUUAUUUCUGAUAAAAAUAAAAAUGUCAAUGCCUAAACUUCUUCCUCAAGUUCCUCAACUUCUUAAACGCAACAAACGCAAAACAAAAAAGGUUCCUCUUCGCAAGUCAAUUACUCCUGGGACUGUUUUGAUUAUUUUGGUGGGUCGUCAUCGUGGUAAACGUGUUGUCUUUUUGAAGCAAUUGGAAAAGUCUGGUCUUCUUCUUGUUACCGGCCCUCUUAAAAUCAAUUCAUGCCCACUUCGACGCAUUGCGCAGGCUUUUGUUAUUGCUACCAGUACCAAAAUCGACAUUAGCAAGUUGGAGGUUCCCGUUCACGUCAAUGAUUCUUAUUUCAAACGUAAGAGUGGGAAAUUGGCCGACAAAUCAAAAGGAGGGAUUUUUGCUGGUGGUGCUAAACAGAAGUACGAGGUCACACAGCAGCGUAAAUCUGAUCAAAAAUUUGUUGAUGCGGGUGUUUUGGAGGCUAUCCGUGCUCAUCCUGACAAAAAAUACCUCUUUGGGUAUCUUGGCUCUCGCUUCCAUCUGGCUAAAGGGAUGUAUCCACACAAGAUGACUUUUUGA